GGAGAUAAACUAGAAUUCGUUCAGAUCCAUCGAUUUUACACUUUCAACCGUAAGCUGAAUUAUAAAACGCUCACAAUUGAAGAGGCAGAAGAACAGAUGGCGAAAGCUAAAAAGAGAGAUAAUGAUAGAUGGAUGAUGAGAUCAUGGGGUAAAUCUAAAAAUGAAGAUUUAGCUGUAGGAGAAGGGGGAAUAUUUGAUCCAAAAUCUGCCAUGAAGGUAGUUGAAGGAGAAGAAGCAUUAAUCGGAUCAGAUGAAGAAGCAAGAAUUCCUUCUAGGGAGGAAUAUGAUGAAGAAGAGGUAGAUUUCGAAGAAGUCUUUGAGGAUGAUGAGGAAGAAUUGCCUGAUGAUGCAAAUCCCCUUAUUGAUGACGAAACUAAGGAAGUUAGUAAGAUGAAAAGGAAGGUAACGGGUAAAGACACGUAUGAACUCAACGAAUCUGAUGAUGAUGAUAAAUUGACGAACGAAGGAAAGCAACUCAAAAAAUUGCUAAGAACUGCGGAAAAUAACGAUGCCUAUGAAAGUGAUCGUGAAGAUAAUCCAUAUUUUUCAGAAAGUGAAGAUUCAGAUUCAGAAGAAUCAUCGUCACCUCAAACAAAGCCUCCU